AUGAUGCUUGCUACUAAUACUGAAAGACCAAUGUGGACAUGGCCGCAGUUGUCCAUGCAGGAUAUACCAGGAUCACUUCUACACGAGCAGCUACUCGAACAAGCGAUUGAGAACAGUCUGAAUUGUGCAGUUCAUCCGAGUUACAAAAGCGUCCCUACGACCCAAUCGAACCCUUUUAUGGAUGGCUCAAGUCUUGCCUCAGAUGAGGAAGUUGGAAACAUAAACAAAUUCCCCGGGAAUCGAAAACUGAGCAUUAUCUUGAUUCCGGCGAUCAAGAGCUCACCACAAAUCAACCUUCUCAUAGCAAGCCCGAGUUCAGUCCAGUCAUAUCACCAACCUCUGAAGAAGGAUCGACGCAAACUACACACAACAUGGGUUCGCAAACUGAGAAGAAGAGUCGAUUGCCAGUCGCCAAGGAGUGUGAUGCAACCCUCGCAGGAGAGACUGAUAGUAUCAACCGAGGACGCACAGGUCGAUUCAUCCAAGCACUGUCUGAUCGGUUCUCAAGCAAAAGAAGAAGUCCGCACUCUCCAGGCCAGCAGAAAGAGAAAGAGGGAGGAACAAGAGAGCUCGCUGCACCUAGACCAGCCCCCGGCGAAACGUCGCUACGUGAUCACAGAGGAAGAGAGUCAGCCAGACAUCUCUGAGAAGAUUAUAGACAAGCAGAUUGGCGACCCGACCUCGAAAGCUUCGAUACUUCCACAAGCCAGCUCAUCUGCAUCUGCCACAGCCCAUAGUUCGGGUAAACCUAGCACUUUCAGCAUCGACGACAUCAACACUGGGGCUACGAUUCUUACUCUCAUUACCGAAAUUUGCAAUAACGCCGAUAGAAAAUUCUCUAGGUUGGAGCAACUCGACCUGCUUGAUCUAUUCAAACAGAUGCCGGACCUCAUGACUCGUGAACAGCGUUUGUCAGGGGAUUCUCGUAAGAUGGCGAACGAUUUCGUGUCCACCGUCUAUCAAAGUUGUGGAGCCGCCAAUUGGGGCGAGAUCGAAACCUUUGAUGAUUUGAAACUAAAGUUGGAGGCGCUGACGAAGUUUGAUAGCCGUGCGGAAGCGUCACCAAGGCAAGAAGGACAUAUUAUUGUUUUGUGA